AUGAAAACUGUUCUAUCCAAUGUAGACCUCUUUCCACUUGAAGAGGAGGAAGACGAAGCCGCUCUGUAUUCGCGUCUAUCGGCAGCUCGAGCUACUGCUCUUCCCAUAGUACGUGAUGCAAUUAAAGCAAGCCGUGCAUGUGUUCUCUUGCUCACCGUGAAACAGUAUCUUAAGGAUGUUUACGGCAUCACCGAUGCGUAA